AACAAAGCAAAAUAUGAGUGGUUUCCAUUUGUUCACUCUCGUUGAAUUUAUGGAGAGAAAGAGUUCAUCGUUCUAACGCGCAUGGUGCUGGCACAGCCAUUACGCUCCUUAUGUGCUUACAUUAUUGUCCCGCGCAGCGCUUGCGUUUUCCAUGCACGUCCUCUGUGAUGGCUGCUUCAGCCCAACACUGUUACUUCACUUCUUCGGCCGUACAAGUCCACCCCGUCCCUAUGUUGAAGAAAGCUCAGGCAAACCCAGCUCUCCAAUUCUUCAAAGUUUCGCAAAACCCCAUUAAAUUACCUUCCUUGAAGGAAGUUUGCGACCAAGGAAGCCUCAAGGAAGCUUUUCAGUCACUGGGCAGUUUGCUCAAACUUCAAAAUUCAUCACUUAAGCUUUCUCUAGAUGGGGCUUAUUCUCCUGUCCUUGAGCUCUGUGCGAACAAGAAAGCUCUGUCAGAAGGGCAACAAGUUCAUACCCGUUUGAUAAAAUCUUGUGAUUUAUAUGAUUCUGUGUUUCUCAGUACUAAGCUUGUAUUUAUGUACGGGAAAUGUGGCGCCCCUUUGAACGCGGAGAAGGUGUUUGUUAGAAUGUGCCAUAGAACCAUUUUCACUUGGAACGCAAUGAUUGGUGCUUAUGCUUCAAAUGGGAAACCUUUAAAAGCUCUUGAGCUGUAUAGGGACAUGCGGGUUUUGGAGGUUCCCCUUGAUUCUUGUACUUUCCCUUGUAUAUUGAAAGCAUGUGUUGCGCUUAAUAAUGUCUGCUCUGGGACAGAAAUUCAUGGUGUGGCUAUCAAAUACGGGUAUACUAAGGUAACAUUUGUUGCCAACUCACUAGCUUCUAUGUAUGCAAGCUGCAAUGAUCUUGAUGGGGCGAGGAAGUUAUUUGAUGGCAUGAAAGAAAAAGAGGAUAUUGUGUCCUGGAAUUCUAUUAUUUCAGCAUAUUCAGCGAAUGGGCAAUCUGUUGAAGCAUUGGAACUAUUUCGAGAAAUGCAAAGGAUGUGUCUUACGCCAAACACAUAUACUUUUGUUGCUGCUCUUCAAGCCUGUGAGGACUCUUUUUCUGAUAAACUUGGUAUGGAGAUCCAUGCUGCUGUUAUGAAAUCAGGUCACUGCUUAGAUAUUUACGUGGCAAAUUCUUUGCUUGCUAUGUACCUAAGAUGCGGUAAAACGGAUGAGGCUGCCAUAAUCUUUAAUGACCUGGAUGCCAAGGAUAUUGUCUCAUGGAAUAGCAUGCUCUCUGGUUUUGCCCAAAAUGGUCUAUAUAAUGAAACUCUGCAGUUGUUCUAUGAUAUGCAGAGUACUGAUGAAAAACCUGACCUGGUUUCGCUAAUAAAUAUCCUUGCAGCAUCUGGUCGAUUAGGAUAUCUGUUGUCUGGAAUGGAAGUUCAUGCCUAUGCGAUAAAAAAUGGAUUCGAUUCUGAUUUGCAGCUCGGGAACACACUGAUAGAUAUGUAUGCUAGGUGCGGUUGUGUGAACUUCAUGGGCCAUGCUUUUGAAAAGAUGCCAAACAUAGACUUCAUUUCUUGGACAACUAUUAUUGCUGGCUACGCUCAGAACAAUUGUCACACGAGGGCCUUAGAAUUGUGCCGGAAGGUGCAGGCGGUGGGGCUGGAUGUUGAUGCAAUGAUGGUGGAAAGUAUUUUACUGGCUUGUGGUGCAUUGAAAUGUGUUUCUUUUGUAAAAGAAAUACAUGGUUACACUAUGAGGAGAGGUUUAUUCGAUCUUGUCUUACAAAAUGCAGUUGUAAACCUAUAUGGAGAGUGUGGAUACAUAGAAUAUGCAAACCGGAUGUUCGAAUUGAUUGAAUCCAAAGAUGUUGUGUCUUGGACGAGCAUGAUAUCUUGCAAUGUUCAUAAUGGCCUUGCAAAUGAGGCCCUUGAGCUCUGUCACCUCAUGAAAGAAACAAACGUUGAACCUGAUUCUAUAGCACUUGUUAGCAUACUAUCAGCUGUUGCUGGCUUAUCUGCUUUGAAGAAGGGGAAAGAAAUUCAUGGUUUUCUUCUUAGGAAGGGCUUCAUCUUAGAAGGAUCUCUUGGUAGCUCUCUAGUGGAUAUGUAUGCCCGCUCUGGAACUUUGGAGAAUGCAUACAAGGUAUAUAACUGUAUUAGAAAUAAAAGUCUAAUUUUAUGGACCACCAUGAUUAAUGCGUAUGGCAUGCAUGGUAAUGGCAAGGCAGCUAUUGAUUUAUUCAAGAAGAUGGAAGGUGAAAGAAUUGUUCCUGAUCAUAUUACAUUUUUGGCUCUUCUAUAUGCCUGCAGUCAUUCGGGCUUGAUUGAUGAGGGUAAAAGAUUAUAUGAAAUCAUGAGAUCUGAAUAUCAAUUAGAGCCAUGGGCAGAACAUUCUGCCUGCAUGGUUGAUCUUCUUAGUCGCGCUAAUCGCUUGGAAGAGGCAUACCAUUUUGUGAAUGGCAUGAAGAGUGAACCUACUGCUGAAGUAUGGUGUGCUCUCCUUGGUGCUUGCCGGGUUCAUUCUAACAAAGAAUUAGGAGAAAUUGCAGCAAAGAAGAUCUUAGAGUUGGGCACGGAGAAUCCAGGAAAUUAUGUGCUUGUAUCAAAUGUGUUUGCUGCUAGCAGAAGAUGGAAAGAUGUAGAAGAAGUGAGGAUGAGAAUGAAGGGAAUUGGGUUGAAGAAAAAUCCGGGAUGUAGUUGGAUUGAGAUUGGAAACAAGGUUCAUACAUUCACAGCAAGGGAUAAAUCUCAUCCUCAGUCCAAUGAGAUUUACCAAAAAUUAGCUCAAAUGACUGAGAAGUUGGAGAGAGAAGUAGACUAUGUGGCUCAAACCAAAUAUGUUUUGCACAAUGUGGAGGAAGAAGAGAAAGUUCAGAUGCUUUAUGGACAUAGUGAAAGGCUGGCCAUUGCAUAUGGUCUGCUUAAAUCUCCUGAGGGAACCCCUAUCCGAAUCACGAAGAACCUUCGGGUUUGUGGCGAUUGCCAUCAUUUCAUUAAACUAGUUUCAAAAGUUUUUAGGCAAGUGCUUGUUGUGAGGGAUGCCAAUAGAUUUCAUCAUUUUGAGGAUGGGAUUUGUUCUUGUGGCGAUUUCUGGUGAUGGUUAAACAUUGUAUUGAAAUUGAACUGCCCUGAAAAGUUUGAACGUCUUUGAAUUACUACUGCUGUGGUGAUCAUUGAAAUAGUGAUCAGCAGGAGCUUUGGUUUCACCUGAGAGUUCUCUGCUUUCCGUCUGCGCAGAGUGACUGAGCAACGUAGAAUGGUUGAAAGAUUAAACUUAAAAGUUCGAAUUGCAUUAAGAACUUCUCCAAAACCAUAUUUGAGUCCAACCUUGCAUCCCAAGAAAGAGCUAUUGGAGUUGGUUAUGUUGCUUUUAAGCAGCCAUCGAAGGAGAGAUUACAAUGGGACAACAUAGUGAGAAUGGGUUUCGAUGUAAAUUCAGAAACCUUAUACUUGCAAAUAGUAGGAAAAUGCCAGAGUUCA